AUGCCAGCCACAGGUGGCAUGAAGAAGCCACAACGCUACCGGCACGACACCAUGGCACUAUGUGAGAUCCAGUGGCUGGUGUGCGAGAUCACACAGGACUUCAAGACAAACCUGCGUUCCCAGAGCUCGGCUGUCAUGGUGCUGAAGGAGUCGUGCGAGGCUUACCUGGUGGGACUCUUCGAGGACACCAACCUCUGCGCAUUCCCUGCCAAGCGCGUCAUCAUUAUGCCCAAGGACAUCCAGCUGGCCUGCCUCAUCCAUGGAGAGAGAGCAUAA